AUGACCCUGAGCCAGGCUGUGGGAAAAGAGGGGGGAGGAGAGAUCCAGGAGACCAAGAUGCCUAAGGAGCAAAAAAGGCACCAGUAUAGCCAAAAUGGCGGGAUUCUAUAUGAACAGCGACUGGGGAAAGAGCAGGAGAAGGGCGAGGACAGGUUCAGUGGCGGCAGGGCCCGGUUGGGGCCACCACUGCCACCUGCCAGAUGUGUAGACUCAGAGACUUGGAGACACAGGCAUCCCUUCUUGAAGGCUCAGGAGGAGGUAGAAGAGGAGGAUAAAUAUGAGCUUCCCCCCUGCGAGGUUGCGCCCCUCAGCCUGGCCCCUGCACAGUCUCUUGGCUCUAAAGAGGACUCCUUGUAUCUGGAUCGUCCUGGGCCUCUCGGUCCAUCCAAAUCAUCGCCACCCCUGCCUCAGCCUACAGUGGUCAGAGGACUCCCCACAAAUCCUUCCUUCCCUCCGCGCCCUGCCUCUGGCUACCAUUUCCCGCUGAAGACGGCAAUGAGCCUGCAGCCUGCAACCCCAAAGCAGGGACCUGGUUUUGGAAGGCGAGGGCGAGGUGCACCUGCUAGAGUGGUGAGCGAGAAACACAAUGAGGACAUCUACCUGGAGUGUGAGCCAGAGCCACUCCCAGCCUUGACUAGGACUCCAAGCUCCAAAGCCCUGAUACCCCCAGUCCCUCUGCCAAGAACAUCUGGAUUGCAAGUCCAUGGUUGCUCACCGGGAGUCUUGGAAGGGUCGGCACUAAAUCGGGAAGCUGCCAGUGUGUGUCCCAAGAUCAGUUCUCAUUUGGAUGUCACGCAAGGACUGUCUGCAGGGCGGAGGCUGUCUGCUUCUUCUAUAGUCCCUGCCCAGAGCACCUCUGCUGUAGAGGAUGGGAGCCUCCGUGGUCAGCCUUGGUACUCAGGGAACUGUGACCGCCAAGCUGUGGAGAGAGCCCUGCUUCACUUCCAAAAGGACGGAGCCUAUACUGUGCGUCUCAGCUCUGGGCCUCACGGUUUGCAGCCUUUCACUCUGGCAGUGCUCCUCAAAGGCCGGGUCUUCAACAUUCCCAUCCGGCAACUGGAUGGUGGACACCACUACGCCCUGGGCCGGGAGGGCAGGAAUCAUGAGGAGCUCUUCUCCUCCGUGGCGGCCAUGGUUCAGCACUACACCAAGCACCCACUGCCCCUCGUGGACAGACACAGCGGUAGCCGGGGAUUCACCUGCUUGCUCUUCCCCACCAAGCCCUGAGGAAACGGCGGUACACAUCUCCACCCUUGGCAUAUGGUGUGCCCCUUCAGCCUCCCCUCCCGCUCUGGGCUGCUUUAUUUCCCCUGGCAGCCCUCCACUCCAAAGUCCCCCCAGGUUCGAAGUGACAGGCCUUUGAGAAGGGCUGCCUGGGGAGGUUGCCUCUCCUUUAACCGCACU